CUACUAGCUCUUAAUGACUUUUUCCAAUAUUCUUUAUUUUAUAAAUCGUAAUGCACCAAACAACCUUCUUUGCCAAUUCAUUUGAAGAAGUGCUUCAUAAAUUUGACCUAUCUAAUAACAAAUGUCCCUUGUGUGAAGAAAAUGAAAUUUCCUAUAAAACAGAUCUAAAGAAGCAUUUGAACUAUGUACAUUUCCGUUACGCAAUUUUUCAAAAAGUUGAUGGGAAGCAAGGAAUUAUUUUACCAUGCCGGCGAAGCUGCUUUAAUCGAAUUAGCCUAAAAGAAGUGAAGCGCAGUCAUUAUCAUUGUCCAUUUUGUCAACGUUGCUACGGGCGAGGCAAUUCAUUUAAAGUUCACUUGAAGUCGCAGGAAGGGAGAUGCAGCUUGGUGAAAAAGAAUGAAUCUGAGGGUAUGUCAAACCAGGAAUUGGAGGUUUGGAUUGGCACUGAAGACCAAGACCAACCUGAUGACAUUUACUUGGCAGAUGGCAGUAUGUCUGCAGAUAUGUAUAGUGGACAUACAGAUAAUUCAACCUAUUCACCAAAUAAAACCAUGUCAAAGAGUCCUGUACAUCAUUAUGAUGCAACACCCAGCUACAUGGUUCCAUCAAAAAGAAAGAGACAUUCUGUAAGCAAUGAAUUUGAAAGUCAUACCAAUCUAUCUAUAGCUGAAAGGAAGUUUGAUAACGUCAUUGGAACAAACUCAAAUGAUGCAGACGAUUUAUUUUUUGCGUCAAUUGCUGCAGAAGUUAAGACAUUACCUAAAAAGACAAAAUCUGAUUUAAAGCUAAAAAUACUUUCACUUGUAAAUGAUUCUGUUCAAUCUCUUGAAAAUAAUUUUGAAAUUGGAAUAUCUAGUUAACAUAGCAUGCGUGAUUGCGUGUUUACUUGUGUGGUAUUAAUGUUAUGUUGUGGUUGCAUAUAAAUUCGUUAUGUAUGUCACUGUCCGUGGUUCUUAAUCUUGUGCAACAAACCAAAAUAAUAACAACAAAAGUGAAGAUUUGGUAAACCAACUACAUUUAACAAAACUUUAUGCUAGCUUACCUACAACACAUUAAACUAUUGGUCUUCGUAUCUGUAUUUAAAAAAAACUUCAACAUCCAUCCAAUAUUGGCCUGCUAAAUGUGAGCAGUAAACCUUUCCGAAUUUUAUUGUUUUCUUUUUCAAUACUUA